CUCAUUACGGCCAUGGUUGAGCAGUGGAGACCGAAGACACAUACCUUCCAUCUUCGCACCGGUGAGGCCACGAUUACACUUCAGGAUGUGGAGGUCCUCUUUGGAUUGCGGGUAGAUGGAGAGCCAUUAUACACUCGGUACGAGCCUCCUCCUGGUAGGACAUGGGUGACGGAGUUGACUAGGCUCACCCACUUCGUGCCUGAUGCCGCGGCCCAGAUCUCGGGACAAAGUCGGGUUCAGAUUAGUGCACUCUGCACUUAUUUGGAAGGUCUGGAUCCCGUUAUGGACGACACCCAGCAGGACGUUGUUGAUCGUCAUGCCCGUUUGUACCUGCUUAUUAUAUUCGGGGGCAUCUUGUUCCCGAACUCAUCGGGUGCCUUUGUCAGUUUACGUUAUUUGGUUUUCUUGGAGCAUCUGGACCGCUUGGGAGACUACAGCUGGGGCGGUGCUGUUUUGGCGUAUCUUUACAGAUGCCUAUGCCGAGCGUCUAUUGGUGCUGUCAGCGAUGUGUGUGGAUUUUUUGCUCUUCUCCAGUUAUGGGCGUGGGAGAGGAUGCUGCCUUUUCAGCCCGUACCUAGGCAUCACCUCGAGAUUGACAUGCCUUAUGCGAGGAGGUGGACAACGGGUUUUGACCGGGAUGUGGAUACGCACCACAGUAUUCUUCCAUUCCGGGACCAGCUUGAUCACAUGACGGACGAUGCGGUAAAACUAUUUAACUUUACAUUAUUAAUUUAAUUAAACGUCUUUUCUACUUGGUGAUCACUGAUUUGUAUUUAUAUGUUAUGCAACUAUUUAUAUGGACGCCGUACGCUGCUAUAUUAGAUGGUUUGCCGGCCUUUUGUAGGGCAGGUCAGA